GGAGGGGGUGGGGGCGAGCGGCCAAGAUGGCUGCCGAGGGUCUUUGGCUGCUGCUGCUUCUCUCUUGCCGCGGCUCUUCAACACGGAGCGCCGCCGGGCCGCGCUAUUCCCCCGACUGGUCCAGCCUGGAUGCGCGGCCCCUGCCCGGCUGGUUCGACGCGGCCAAAGUCGGGAUUUUCGUGCAUUGGGGGGUCUUCUCGGUGCCCGCCUGGGGCUCGGAGUGGUUCUGGUGGCACUGGAAGGGCGAGCUCCAGCCCGACUACCAGCGCUUCGUCCGCCUGCACUUCCCUCCGGGCACCUCCUACGCCGACUUCGCCCCGCGCUUCUCCGCCGUCGACUUCGAACCGGAAAAGUGGGCGCAGCUCUUCCAGGACGCCGGGGCCAGGUAUGUGGUGUUUACGUCUAAGCAUCAUGAAGGCUUCACCAACUGGGGAUCGAAAGUGUCCUGGAACUGGAAUUCAGUGGAUACUGGUCCCCAUCGUGACCUGGUUGGUGAAUUAGGAGAGGCUGUCCGAAAAAGAAACAUAUCCUUUGGACUGUAUCACUCCCUUUUUGAAUGGUUUCAUCCGUUGUAUUUACUGGACAAAAAUAAUAGCUUCAAGAGCCAGUUUUUUGUCUCUGAGAAGACUCUUCCAGAACUCUCUGAACUUGUUUUAAGGUACAAGCCGGAUCUCAUUUGGUCGGAUGGCGAUUGGGAAGCUCCAGAUACGUAUUGGAAUUCAACUUCCUUCCUUGCCUGGCUAUACAAUGAUAGCCCAGUUAAGGAUACGGUGGUGGUGAACGAUCGAUGGGGCAUCAAUUGCUCCUGCAGACAUGGGGGCUACUACAACUGCCAGGAUAAAUUCGAGCCCGGCUCUCUGCCAGACCACAAGUGGGAGAUGUGCAGCUCUGUUGACAAAAGGUCCUGGGGGUAUCGCAGCAACAUGCAAAUUUUUGAAGUCAUGAAUGAGUUCACCAUUAUUCAGCAACUGGUACGUACUAUCAGUUACGGAGGGAAUUACCUUCUCAAUGUGGGGCCCACCAAAGAAGGACAGAUUGCUCCAAUCUUCCAAGAGAGGCUCCUGGCCCUUGGCACGUGGCUGAAGGUGAACGGGGAGGCCAUAUACGAAUCCAGGCCUUGGAGGACCCAGAAGGAGAACCGCAGUGAGGAGACCUGGUAUACCUCAAAGGGACCCGCAGUCUAUGCUAUUUUCUUGGUGUGGCCAAAAGACAAUGUGCUGACUCUUUCAUCACCUGUUGUGUCUGCAAGAACUCAGAUCACCAUGUUGGGAUUCUUCAAGCCUUUAAAAUGGCAGCCAUCACCACAACAAGGAUUGCAGGUCUUGUUGCCCUCAGAAAAUCGUUGGCUUCUCCCAUUCGAGCAUGGCUGGGUGGUGAAACUGCUUGGAGUAUCCUGAUGGGAAAGUUGGAAAGAAACCACAGAAUGACUGCCUGUCCUUUUUUCAUCUCUUGCUUAAACCUGGUGAUUAAGAGAGCCUGAACAAAUCUGAAAGAAGUUGCAAUUGCAGAAUGCUUUAGCCUUUCCAGGCUGGCCAUCCUUGUGCUCACCCUUUUCAAAAGGAUGGUUGUAAAUUAGAUAUCUGACUUGAGUUAAUCUCGAUAUAAUACAGAAAGCCAAACUUGGGCUGAGAUACAUCGAAACUUCGCUUCAGUGGGAAAGAAAAAAUGUCUCAGGGAAAUUAUAUUUUCUGGCACAAAACUGGCUGUGGAAAAGGCCUUAGUUGCCAUUUUUUCCCAACAGGAGCUGGCUUUGAAAUGCAAAUCUACUUUGCUCAAUUAGUCCUGGAUGAAAAAAUUAUAUGAGGUUGCUUCAGAAAGUGACUUCAAAAGCCUGCACACGGGUGAAAUCCAGCAGGUUUUGACAGGCUCCGGAGAACCGGUAGCGGAAAUUUUGAGUACUUCGGAGAACCGGCAAAUACCACCUCUGGCUGGCCCCAGUGUGGGGUUGGAAUGGAGAUUUUGCAGUAUCCUUCCCCCAGGAGUGGGGAGGGAAUGGGGAUUUUGCAGUAUUCUUUUCCUGCCAUGCCCAUCAAGCCAUGCCACGCCCACCAACCCUCGCCCACAGAACCGGUAGUAAAAAAAAAAUUUCACCACUGCCUCCACCUCAGCCAGAAGUUCUGGCUGAGGCGGAACAGAGAAGCCUUGAAGCUACGCUUAAAAAUAAGCAGGAGAUGAAGGGAACACAGAAUGAUCUCGGACGGCUAAUAGCAAACCACUAAUAAUAGAUCCCAUUAUGGGGCAAUAGAGAACGAUAUGCCAGGUGUACUGAAAUGAUGAAAUGACUUGAGGAGAAGAAAAAUAAUGCCAUUCUUGGAAAGCAAAGUAUUAUGACACGAGGAUUUGUUCUUGGGAUUUCAGUAUUGGGCAAGGCAAAGGGCUCUCCUGGAAUAGGGUCUAAUAUUACGUUUGUUUUCAUGAAAGUUACAUUUUAAAAAAAAAUCCCAUCUGCUGGUUCCACCUACGGAGAUGACAGAUGCAGUCAUUUCUUACUUUCUAGUCUUUUGUUGGUCAUUCUUGCAUCCAGGAAGAUUUGGCAGCUCAAAAGAUCCAGUUGAAACAACGGCAUAUUUACUAGGCCCCAUUUUUUCAGCCAUAGGGUUCAGCCAAUCGUUCUCUAUUUUUGCAAGCCUGAAUUAUGACAAAAUCUACUUCCCUUGUGGGCUUCGCAUUCAAUCUUCCUUCACUACUACCUUCCCUUUUGAAUUCGUUUUUAAUAAAGAAGAUAGGAGAGGAAAUACACUUCCCUUCCAUCCCUCAAGAUGGUUCUGGUUUUUCCAAAAACAAGCCAGUCAUAUCCUUGUUCAGGAAAGGAAAUUUUUAGCCACAGGAUUGAGAAGUAGAGUCUACACCAGUGUUUCUCAACCUUGGAAGCUUGAAAAUGGGUGGACUUCACCUCCCAGAAUCCCCCAGCCAGCAGCACUGGCUGGGGGGAUUCUGGGAGUUGAAGUCCACCCACCUUCAAGCUACCAAGGUUGAGAAACACUGGUCUAAACUGAUUUUUCUCAUUUAGACACUGUAAGAGGAGAGCCUCGUUAGGCAAAAAAAACCUGAUAACACCUUUUCCAAAUAAACUUGAUUUUUUUUCCCUCUGCAAAUUAAUUUAACCCAGAUGAUAAGGAUCAAGGAGCUGGCCUGAUGCUCUCACAAACAGAUCUUCUUUUGACAGUUUCUGUAGUUCCUAUUUUUCUUGAGGCAAGGGCCACAGCUACCAAGCUGGGCUUGGGUUCAUAGCAGAUAGUUUUGCCAGAAAUAAUGACCUUAAGAAAGGUGUGGAGCAGUGUGGUGCAGUGUGUGGAAUAUUGUCACCUCUCCACAGUCCCCAGAUUAGGAGAAGGGAACGGAGCAAUGAAUUAGCCCAGUGAUGGCUAACCUUUUUAUCCUCGGCUGCCAAAAGCAUGCGUACGCGUGCAAUAGCAUGCGUGCACGUGGCCAUACCCAUAAUGCAAUGCCCACCACCAUGCCAUGCACAUGUGCACGCAACCCCCCCCCCCCCGUGCUACCCACUGCACAGGCACGUGCAACCCCCUGUGCAUGCGUGUCCGACCCCCCACGCCCCAUUUUGGCCCAAACAGGCCUCCUUGAAGCCUCCGGUGGCCUGAAAUGGCCGGUUCCCAGACUUCCGGUAGGCCCAUUUUUCGCCCACCCAGAGCCUCCACACGAGCCCUGUAUUACUUGGCAUCCAAAACGGGCCACGUGGAGACUCCUGGGAAGGGCAAGGCGGCAUGGGCGUGUGCACGCGACUUCCGCAUGCACGGCAAAGACCCAAGAAUCAGCUGGCUGGUGGGAGGCGCGCGCGCAUGCACAGUGCAGCUGACCUGGGACAACGGCUCAUAGGCCAACAGAAACGGCUCUGUGUGCCACCUGUGGCGUGCACACCAUAGGUUCUCCAUCACGGAAUUAGCCGAUCCAAAUAGCUUUUAAGUACUGUGUGGCCGGCAUUUUGCAAUUCUGAGAACAUCCCCUUUCCAUUCCAGUAAUGGCUGAUACCAGUGGUCAGAUAAGACAGGGAAUGAGAAAGUGGGUGACGAGACUAGAACCAAAUUUCCAAAAAGAAUAGCCUUUUGCAUGCAUAAAUUAAAUCAAUGCUGGUAAAUGAAGAGGGGGGGAAUACAGUAUUUGGCAGACCAUCUGCGGCCAGCGACAGCUCCCCAUCGCCCGGUGCGUUCCCACAGGGAGGGCCUCCUUGGGGUGCCGUCGGCCAGACAAUGUCGGCAGGCGACCCCUAGGGAGCGGGCCUUCUGUGGGUGCACCUACUCUGUGGAAUCAGCUCCCCCUGGGGCUCCGGGUGGCCCCUGACCUUCACUCUUUCCGCCGUGGCCUUAAAACAUGGCUACUUCGCUUGGCUGGCUUGGACUGAAGGGGUUUUAGAGGGGAUUUUAAUGGUUUUUAUAGUUUUUAUUGGGUAUUUUUAGAGGAAGGAUUGGACUUUGUGUGUUUUAUUGUUGUGAGCCGCCCUGAGUCCUUUUGGAGAUAGGGCGGCAUAUAAGUCCAAAUAAUAAAUAAAUAAAUAAAUAAUAAACUUGUAGACUGUACAGGUAGUCCUUGACUUACAAUAUUUUGUUCAGUGACCAUUCACAGUACUGAAAAAGUGAUUUAUGACUCUGUUUCACAGUUACAACCUUUCCAGUGUCCCCAUGAUCACGUGAUCAAAAUUCAUAUGUUUAGCAACUGGUUCAUAUUUAUGACGGUUGCAGUGUCCGAAGCUCAUAUGAUCCCCCUUUUGCGACCUUCUCAUCAGCAAAGUCAAGGGGGGAGCCAGAUUCACUUAACAACCAAGUUACUAACUUAUCAACUGCAGUGAUUCACUUAAUAACAACUGAGACAAGAAAUGUUGUAAAAUAGGGCAAAAUUCACUUAACAAAUGUCUCAGUUAACGACAUAAAUAUUUAUUUAUUUAUUUAUUAGUUCAAUUUAUAUGCCGCCCUCCUCCGAAGACUCAGGGUGGCUUACAAUUCACUUAUAGCAAUAGCCUUAAUUCUUCUGUAUAUACCUGCUUAUUAGGGCUUUUGGCCCCCCAUAAGCGGUGUUUCUACAAAGUCAGCUUAUUGCCCCCACAAUCCGGGUCCUCCGUGUUGGUCAUAAGUCAAGGACUACCUGGGUAAUGUUGCAAGAGAUGAUUCUUAUACAGAUUUCUGCAAUGUAUCAAUCAUGGUGCCUUUUAAUUUUUUUACUAUCGGCUUUUAAAUGGUUUUUUUUUUUAAAGAAUAAAUAUUGAAAUAAAUGUUUGCAUUGGA